UUUGAUCAGCGGCCACGCACGCCUAAGGGCCAGGCUGAAGGACCUGAAAAACCAGCUGCCUGAGAUUAUUACUCUCAGCGAGGAGCAGCACAUGAGCAACAAACUUGCUGUGACUGUCAGACCUCCACCGGUGGACUAUGCCCCCAUCGGUCAGUUGAGGGAGGGGGCUCUGCGCUGCUCAGGCUCCCAUCUGGAGAAGGCUUGGGCUGAAAUCAAAGAGGAGACGGUUAGGUUAUUGCUGAAGAUGCAAACUUCAACUGUCUCACCUGUGACCAACACUUCAAACACGACCACCACAAAGACCAAAGAACAAAUACUCAUCCAGAGUUCUGGGGCAAUGAUCGCUGUCAUCGUCGUCGGCAUCAUCAUCAUUCUCGCCAUUCUUCUCAUCAUCCUGAAGACGUACAACAGGCGGACACAUGUAUCCAGAGUCCUGGGAGCCAGUGGUGGCUCCAAACCUCGUCCGAAGAUGUCACAAUCCACAGUUCAGAGCAGCAUGCCGCUGAACACCAUAGGAGUCAACUCUGUGUCUGGAAGCAUCCUUAAUUCAAACCCAGCAUCAGAGAACAGCUUCCAGCUUCCCAGAGCGGCGCUGAACAGUGCGGAGGGAAACCACAUAGAGCAAUCGAGCACCAUCAGUGACUCCACUGUGAUCACCAUACAUGAUUCUCCAUCGAUAGGAAACACAUAGCAACAAGAUUGUGGUUUAUUCUUACAACUGGCACUGACUGAUGUGUCCUCUUCAUCCAUGACCAAAUACUGUGUGCUGACUGAAUCCUGUGGAAACUCGAUCUGUGACGUUAGUGUCGUCACUGUCGACCCCCCCCCCCCCACAACUGAGCCACUGCUGGUAACUACAAUGAUAACAUGAUGUCCUUUUGUGUACAAAAAUACACAUCAUGAACAAAACGGUACCAUAAACAGACACAAUGGAUUGCAUGAAGAAUGUUGCAUGAAGGGAAACUGAGGCUUUCUUGAGAAGAAUUGCUUUUUGGCUACAGUCAGAGUGUUCAGAGUAUAGAUGCCAGAUGUUUCUUACGACUCUUUGCAGAUCACUACUAAUACAAUGAGGAAAAUGUGUAGUAAAGACUGUAAUUGUUUGCCUGCAUUGCUCUUAAGUGUGUACAUUUCUGUAUUAAAGACAACUACAUAGGUUUAUGAGUAUAUGUAGGAUUAGUAUAAACGUCUGAGGAGACAAAGACAGUAUGAAAGAAGCUAACUCAUUGUGUAAUGGAUACUAGUAUGUUUCAGGAAAAUGUGCAGAUUUAUUUUGAUUUACCAACAAUAUACCUUAUUAAAUCUGUUUAACCUUGUAUUAUAUUGUCUUUGUCUUCUAAUCACAGAUUUGUUUUGUUUUUUUAAAUCUAUAAAAUGUCACUGUAUUGUUUUUGUACCUUGUAUGACAAAGAGACCACAGAGAUAUUUUGUGAGACAUCUGGGUGACAGCCAAACACGCUUUUUAGUUUGACGUCAAAGGAUUUUGCACUUUAUUUCCAUUGUUCCCUGUAUUUGUAUUGUUUGUGGUUCUUUUCAUGAAAUGAGAUGAAAAUAAAAUGUAAU